AUGCCACCAGACGUCGGAGUGCAAGCAGGAGAAUCAAUGGUGCCACCACCGCGCCCGCUCGCCACAGCCAACAAGUUCAACUCCGGCUCCCCGAUCCCGCCCGUGAUGGUAAAACGUCCGAGUAAGGUCACGGUGGUCGAAGUCGAGGAUGAAGGGGAGGUCGAAAGGCCGAUGAGAGUCGUCACUGCUGUUGCACCACCAAAGCAACAGGCCGUCGUCGCAGAGACGCCCGAGAUAUCCAUGCCGCCUAGGAAACGCACCGAUUCGACGAGUAGCACACGAUCUCGCUCUUCCGUCUCGAACUCAACACCCGCGCGUGUAACGCCCUCACCGAACCUACGAAACAAACAACCAUCACCAGCUCUCCGCGGCAAACAAUCGCCCAUCCCACCCAACCCGCGUAUCGGCAAACCCUCCACCCCCGGCCCCGUCUCGCGCUCACAAACCGAACCCAAGCUUCCUUCUAUCGCCGAGAAACCUCUCCCCUCCGCACAGCGCACUACACGCGGACUUAAAGGCGAUGAUGCGGACUUCCCCGAUCCCGCUGCUGAUCCUUCUAUCGCGGCGAUGUUGGCAAAGUUUGCUGAAGGUCAAGCAAAAGCCGCGCAAGAGAUUCGCGCGAAGAGUCCUGAGGCUGCGCGUGCCAUGAGUCCUACGAACGCCCGCGCUAUGAGCCCUGCCACUGCUCGUGCGAUGAGCCCUGAGACUGUACGCGCGAAGAGUCCCGAGACAGCAAGAGCGCAGAGUCCAACUGCUCGAGGCAACGAUCUGAGGUUCCGCUCGUUCUCCGAGGCACAGACAUCGAGCACACCGCCUCCGAUGGCUACGACCGCAGCUGCUCGUCGUAUGCGCUCGCCAAUCCCGCCGUCUACGAGCCCGGCACCAUCUGGAUGGCGUCGCGCGGGAACACCAGCGGGUACAGCAGCGUCGCGCCCUGCAGCUUCACGGUCUGUAUCGUCGAAUGCGGCGCUUCCGGCAACAAAGACCGGUCCGGUCCCCAAAGGAGGCGCUACGACGUCUGACCCUGCAAAGUCGCUCAGCUCUCAGGACACUCGGCAGGCCUCGCUCGCUCAGAAAGCCGAACAGCUUCGCAUCAAAGCCGAGCAGGACGCCGCCGAGAAGCGAAGGAUCGCAGAGGAGAAAGAGCGUGAGCUCGAAGCGCGAAUGAUGGCGAUGCGUGAGGAGCAGAGGAAACGCGAAGAGGAGGCAGCACGGGCCCAGGAGGAAGAGAAGCAGCGUGUGGCGGCGGAAGAGGAGAAGAAGAGGCUGGAGGCUGAGGCGCGGGUUGAGGAGGAGAGAAGGAUGCAGGAGAUGUGGGCUUCCAGGACGAAGGGGAAGCAGCCUCAGACUUCGACGAUACGCGCGGAUCCGAAGGGGAAGGGAAAGCAGAGGGCGGUUGAGGUUGAGGAUGUUGAGGCGUCGCCGCCUGCGCGUGGGAGAGUGAAGGUGGACCACGAGUUCGCGCUGAGGUUGCAAGCCGAGGAGCUCGCUCGUGCACAAGCGGCCCCGAACCAGAACUUGCAGGUUAAAGGCAAUACCAUUCAUGCUCCGACCGCCAUCUCUCCCUCGCCUUCUUGGUCGAUGCCUGCUCCGCGCGGGCCUACGACAGCGGCAACUUCGACUCCGGCUCCGGCAUGGACGACGUGGGGCAAGAGCACUACGCAACUCAACCUCGCCUCGCCACCUUCGCAUAACGCAGUUCUGAGUCCUCCUGGUCAGAAUAUGCCGGGUGCGUGGGCGACGACACCGCAAGUCGCUACAACAUCGCCUCCAUGGCGUGCUGCUGGGUUGAGCCCGCCUGGGCAGGCCGUGGGAACAUCGCCCGCCACUCAGAGCGCGCGUCUCAGUCCCGAGAACGCGGCCGCUCGAGACGAAGCGGAGUGGCAGCGGCGCAUGGACGAGCGAGCACGCGCCCAGGCCGAGGCAUUCCAACGCGAACAAGAACGGCUCGCGCAUGAACGAGCGCAGGCCGCGAACGAGGCCGUACAUGCCGCUGCGGGUGCGGAGAAGAUGCAAGCGGAGGAAGCUGAGGUCGCUCGGAUGCGCGCUGAGGAAGAUCGUCGGUUCGCGGAGGAACUUCAGUCUGAGGAGUGGCGUCAGGCUGCGAUGAGGCGUGAAGCCCCCUCCGAGCAGGUGGGAGGUGUAUCGCAGGCCACUGGAAGCUUCAGGCUGAAGGAGGAGAUCGAGGAGAGGAAGCGCGUUGCGCAGGAGAGGGCGCGAGCGGCGGCGGCGCUGCGUGCGCAGGCUGAGGCGCGUCGACGAGAUGCGGAGGCUUUGACGAGGAUCUGGGAAGGACGGGGUCUGGCAGGUCAUGCUAUCGCUGCGUAG